GGCGCAAUGCCCUUGCAUGCACACGACAGCGUUCGCAUGAGAACCGGAAGUGGACGCUGCAUGGUCCCCCCCUUUCUCUGAGUGUGUAUGGUCGUUGCGCUUCCCUAUUCCUCCCAUCUGAAAAACGGGGGAUCGGCCUGGUCAGUUUCCUCGGAAGGAGCCAAAAGAGCCAAGAAGGAAAGGACCCCCAGUCCAACGGACCUCAAAAUUCUCCAUCAAGAGCAGCAGUUUCUCGAGCACCAGGGAAGGUUGCAAAAGGACUUCCCUUUCCUGUCCGCCAACUCAGAAGAACUGAAGUGAGUGAGCGGGCUGCAAAAUGGCAUCGGAGUGACAUUCUGGAUCUUCCCCCCUUUACCCAGGAGAGGAAACAUCCAUAAUGCAGCCAGCUCAGGAGCCGGUGACCUUCAAGGAGGUGGCCAUAUAUUUCACCAAGGAGGAAUGGGUCCUGCUGGAUCCAGGCCAGAGAGAUCUUUACAAGGAGGUGAUGGUGGAGAUUCAUGAGAUGAUCACCUCUCUGGGAGAUAUCUGGGGUAUCAAGGCUGAUGGAGAGUCAUCAAAGUUGUCACCAGAAAGAGCUGAGGAGCAGAAGAGUCGCGCUGGAGAGAAAUCAUAUACAUGCUCAGACCACGAGGAACAUUUCAGCAACAGGUCAAACCUUACUGUACAUAAGGGAGUGCACACAGAUGGCAAACAAUAUAAACACCUGAAGUAUGGAAAGAGCUUCAGUCAUCAUUACCAUUAUACUUUGCCUCAAAGAACUCAUACAGGGGACAAACCUUACACGUGCUGGGAGUGUGGAAAGAGCUUCAGUCAGAGUGGCCAGCUUACAUCACAUCAAAGGACUCAUACAGGGGUCAAACCAUAUAAAUGCUUGGAGUGUGGAAAGAACUUCAGUUGCAAUAGCGCCCUUACUGUGCAUCAAAGAACUCAUACAGGGGAGAAACCUCAUAAAUGCUUGGAGUGUGGAAGGAGCUUCAGUCAGCUUGGGCACCUUACUUCGCAUCAACGAACUCAUACAGGGGAGAAACCUUAUGAAUGCUUGGAGUGUGGAAAGAGCUUCAGUAAGCUUGGGCACCUGACUUCGCAUCAAAGAACUCAUACAGGGGAGAAACCUUAUGAAUGCUUGGAGUGUGGAAAGAACUUCAGUCAACAUCACUCCCUUACCUUGCAUCAACGAACUCAUACAGGGGAGAAACCUUAUAAAUGCCUGGAGUGUGGAAAGACCUUCAGUUGGAGUAGCACCCUUACCUCACAUCUGCGAACUCAUACCGGGGAGAAACCCUAUAAAUGCUUCGAGUGUGGAAAGUGCUUUGGUCAGAGUAUCAGACUUACUGAGCAUCAAACAACUCAUACAGGGGACAAACCUUUUAAAUGCUUGGAUUGUGGGAAAGGCUUUAGUCGUAGUGAACACCUUAUUUCGCAUCAAAGAAUUCACACAGGUGAGAAACCUUUUAAAUGCUUGGAGUGUGGAAAGAGCUUCAGGAAGCAGUUCAACCUUACAUGUCAUAACAGAACUCAUACAGAAUACAAACCUUACAAGUGCUUGGAAUGUGGAAAGAGCUUCAGUCAGAGUGGCCACCUUACAUCACAUCAAAGAACUCAUACAGGAGUCAAACCAUACAAAUGCUUUGAUUGUGGAGAGAGCUUCAGUCACAGUAGCUAUGUUACUGUGCAUCGAAGAACUCAUACAGGGGAGAAACCUCAUAAGUGCUUGGAGUGUGGAAAGAGCUUCAGUCGGAGUAGCUACCUUACUUUGCAUCAAAGAACUCAUACAGGGGUCAAACCUUAUAAAUGCUUGGAGUGUGGAAAGGGCUUCAGUUGCAGUAGCUCCCUUACUUUGCAUCAAAGAACUCAUACAGGAGUCAAACCUUAUGAAUGCUUAGAGUGUGGAAAGAGCUUCAGUCAAAGAAGCUCCCUUACUGUGCAUGAAAGAACUCAUACAGGGGAGAAACCUUAAAAAUGCUUGGAAUGUGGAAAGAGCUUCAGUUGGAGUACAGCCCUUACUUUGCAUCAAAGAACUCAUACAGGGGACAACCCUUAUAAAUGCUUAGAGUGUGGAAAGAGCUUCAGUCAGCAAUGAUAUCUUACUAUACAUCAAAGAACCCAUACAGGGGUCAAAACCUGUAAUGCUUGCACGGUAGCCCCUAAAAUUAUGGAAAACUGUUUCUACAGGUGUUUGCCCCGUGACCUGUCAUGUACUAAUACAGAAGUUAAUCUUUCUUAAUUAAAAGUGCGAUGAAAGAAAAGGGCAAUUUUGAAUGACGUUGCGGUUUCUGUGGGGAUCAAAAAAAGAAUCCAUGCAGUGUUAGAACUCACUGCUAUUAAUUGUUCAUUCUUAUACCAUUUUUACCCCACUGUCCAGCCAAAAAGACUCCCAGGGUGGUUUACAUCAAAUCAAUUAAAGUCAGACAGUCGCUGCUCACAGGUUUACACUAAAAAAAAUGGCACAGGGAAGGGGACAGGAAGGGGGGGAAUCAAACUUGGGGCCCAAUUCUGAAAUAGUAAUGCUUGUGAUGUUCUUUCUCCUUUCUCACAAUAAGUUCUUACUACUUUUUUCCUGAAAUUUAUUUUUGGUAUUUCUACUAGAGUCUUGGUUGUUCUGGAGUGUUUUCAAGCCCAGCUUGUCUUUUUCCUUCCGUUUUAGGGGAGAAGGGAUUUCCUGCUUUGAAUCAGUCCCUUCUUCAUUUUUUAUGUAAAUUUGUAUAAAUAUUAGCAGAGAUUGUUAAUGGUCUGAGAUGUGUGUGUGCACUUACCUAAGUGGCAAGCUUUUACCCUGCAUUAGGAUCACUGAGACUUAAGACUUAGUAAAAUAAGAAAAGAUCUUAAGUGCCCUUGUGAUGCUGGAGAGGUGGAAACAGUGACUCAUGUCCUUCUAUACUGUACAUUUUAUUGUGAUCUACGAAGAACUCUAAUUGAACCACUCUUAUUGGAAACCUUAGGACGAUCAGAUGCAUAUUACGUUUUUCUACUCCUCUGACCAAAAUAAUGACACUACUUGCAGCGUUGCCAAAUUUUGUGCUGCAGCGAUUAAAAUUCGCCACGAACUGAAUCUAGCCAUCUCGUAACUCCUGUCCUUUGCUGGGAUCUCAUAAUUAUGUCUUUGACAACUCUCUUUUAUGAUAUCAUGUUUUAAUAUAAUAUAACAUAAUUUUAUUCUAUAAUGUUUAUGGUUUUAACAACCUUAUUUGAUAUUAUUCUAUCCCUUUUUAUUGUCUUCUACCUUCGUAUAUACUGGGAUAAUUUUCCCCCCCUCCGAUAGUUUUAUGUUUUAUAUGUUUUCCUUCCCUUUUUCCUUUUUCCUUAUGCUGGUCACUGACCGUAACAAUAAAGAUAUAUAUAAGAAAAGCUACUUUAUUUAUGGAAAUACAUAGUAGAUAGGAAAGGCAUACCUAGUUCUAAUUAACUAAGUUGGAGGCACAAUGGCCAGGUUUGGGACUGCCCUCAUGUCUCAGGAGGGAGAGAGCAGUUUUGAGGGUGUUUGUGGCUGUUCUCCUGUAAGUCAGUCUUUGGGGAUUGGAGCUUUCACUCAUAAACAAAUUAACAGAUUUUGUUUUCCUAGGGUUUAUAUACAUUAGCUUCUUGAUUUUGGCUUAUUCGCCGAUGAGGUUUAUAUUUCACAAUUUUAUUUUUUCCAACCUUUUCUUAGCGUUGCAUAAUGGUUAAAGCUAUUACCAGCUUUGCAUGUUGUAAUUAUUGUUCGUAAUAGCUGAGUUGCACAUUGUUCUUCUGAGUAGAGUUACGUUUACAUAUCCGUGUUCUAUUUUUAUUUGCGGAGUAAUACUUGUUUGCAUAUUGUGAUCCUCAUUUCUCCCUUCCGCAAGAUUCAUUAUGUGUCGUAAAUUUCUCUUUGAGGUUAUCAUGCUCCUAUCUUUCAUAUACUGAAAUGCAUUUACUGGUUUUCUGCUGAUGUAUUUAAAGUAAAUCUCUCCAAAGGAAAUAUUGUCAGCAUUUUUAGAACUUUGGAAUUAAAGAGUUUAUGCUUGAGUAAUGGUAUAUACUGAAUAUUUAAUUGAAUGUAACACCUGCUAAUCAAUGAUCUAUGGUUAUUUUUAGGUGUUUAGUUUUAUACUUAUAAUCAUUUCUAAUUUAGGAUAAGAAUAGUUAAUAGCAUAAGCUAAGGGUUUGACCUUUUUCCUGAACUGACCUCUGUCCUUUUAGUGUUCUAAAUGUUUUCAGUCAGCUGUUUUCAGAUAAAUAUCUGUGGCAGGAGUAAACAAGGGUACAGGAGAUACCAUUCAUCUGCAGCAGAUCCAAGAAUACAAUGCUUCAUAGAAUUGUGGUUGAAAAUAAGUGUAGAAGGCGUAACCACAAUAACUUUAGUUGCUCUGCCCAGGUGGAACAACAUUUUGUGACCAAAGAACAUGUGCCAGACCCAAUGGUGGCGUAAAGACACAAGAAAAGGAAGUCGUGAUGACUCUGGGGGUCUUCAUAUUCCUUUUUUCAGAACAAAAAUACCAUUUAAAAGUUACUCUUUUUUUUUUAAUAGAGAUAUAUUAAUAGGAUAUGACCCUUUUUAGGAUGUGAAAUGUUAUUUAGCCAAUUCGAUUAAGAGAUUUGAGAAAGGAGCUGAUAAGCUAUGAAACAAGGAAAUAAUAAUCAUAAGAUGGAAUGAAAAGUGUAUAACAGCAAAGUCUGGGUUGUGAGCAGAUUCUUCUGAGUUUCUGAGCAGAUUCAGCCGUGAUCUGAGCAGAGCGGUCCACCAGUGAAAAUCUUUCCUUGUGUACUCUUCCUUCUGAGUUUGUAAGUAGAGUGCCUAAUGCUUGCUGUGUAAAAGGGUGUGUGUCUAU